AUGGUUGAAACCUUGUUUGAAGAUAUAUUUAGGGUUGAUCAGCUUGACCCUGAUGGCAAGAAAUUUGACAAAGUUAAUCGUAUAGAAGCAAGAAGCGAUCAAUUUGAUAUGUACAUGCAGCUGGAUGUGAAUACAGAUGUUUAUCCUAUGCAUGUUGGUGAGAAAUUUAUGAUGGUUCUAGCAACUACCUUGAACUUGGAUGGAACUCCUGACAGUGGAUUCUUUUCUCCUGGUGGGCGAAAGUCACUUGCUGACAAGUUUGAAUAUGUGAUGCAUGGAAAAUUGUAUAGGAUCAAUGAAGAAGGGUCAGGAGCUAAUGUUAAAGCGGACAUUUAUGUCUCGUUUGGUGGUUUAUUGAUGUUGUUGAGGGGUGACCCUUCAAUUGCAGCUAAGUUUGAGCUUGAUCAGAGGCUAUUCAUCCUCAUGAGGAAGGUGGACAAGGCUUAGUUGUUCAACAUAUAUCUCAAUCAGGAUGAUGCCAAAGUAAUGAGAAUUAAUAAAAAAAAAAAAUCAGAUGUAAAAUAUGUUGACAAUUUUAACUUCUUAUAUAUUGUAUGUACCUUUUAGGGUUUACUUUCUGCAAUAUGAAAACCAUGAUAAUUUCUAAUCUGGAACGUGAUUUUGGACAAAUGUUGAAGUGAAGAUAUUUGCGUUAUUUUUCUAGUAUUUUUCAUUUUCAAUAAAUGUUUAUUGUCUAUGUGCAU